GCACUGCUGGAUUCAGUUUUCGUUUCAUUUUAUUUCUUUCUUUAUUUUUACUGAGGUCUCUUAAUUAACUCAAAUUUUUGUCCAAAAGAGUCUCUAUUCUGCUGCAAUAACAAGUGGUGUUUUGGAAGUAUAAUUACGGAUUGACAUUUUUCUCAGAUCCAGAGGGUUAGGUCUUUGCGUGUUUUUUUAAAAAAAAUUUUCCCUAGGUAAGUCAAACUCACAUUGGCUAUAUGAAGUUGUAAAUGCGUCUCAGUGAUUCACUAUUGUUGCAUAACGUUACUCUGCUUUCCCGUCCUGAAAGAAAAGCAUGCCGGACACACUGGAUUAGAGGAAAGAGAUCUCAAAGCUGAUGCCAUUUGUCACCACUGUAACUAAUUUUUAAGUGAAGAAGCCACAAACUGAGGAUUAAGUCAUCUUGUUGUGAAAAAAGGACUUCAUUUUAAAAUGGAAAAGAAAAGCUUUUUUAUCUGAAAUAGUAUUUCUGCUCUCCACCUCACAGCCUCGCUGUGCUGACAGACGCGUGUUCGCAGCUCGUUCCCACCCUUCGUUUGGACCGGAGUGGAACCUUUGGCACUGCCAGCAGCACCAGAGGGACCCAUCUCCUGUUGGGACCUGUGGCUGGUGCUGCAGCAGUGACAGCUCUACAGUUAGCCCAAAUUGAGGCUCAGGCCCAGAUUGCCCUCCAACAGCUCACCAAUCUGGCAACUGUAACUGUUGGUAACCAGUGUCACCAAAACAACGGGUUAACAACGGUGUUAUCUCCUCAACUAGCCCUCCUGAAUCUUCUCGGGCCACAACAGGUAACCGCUGUUGGGUUAAAUUUGCAAGCCAGAAGCAAAAACUACAGAUCUACGCAACAGUAUCAAUUCAGUGCCAUGUACCACCACCACUCCCAGCAACAAGGGCCGCCACAGCCCUUCUCAAACAGGCCCAGGCCCACUCAUCACCAACAACCACCGAAUCAGCAGCAACAAAGUCGUGCUCCCACCGAUAUGCUAUCGCAAGUGUUGGGCUUCCAGUUCCCUCGUCCCACACAGCUGCCCGACGAGCUGGAGUCAGCACUGGCUAUCAGGGGCUCGAGGGACAUGGACCACCGUAUCAUGGAUCACAUCAGUCGACCGAAUCAACAUCAGAACCAGGGGUCUGGACCUGCGAUGGGUCACCAGGUGUCGGAACAUGGAGGCUACAGCUCUGGCCCAGGAACACUAAGUGCUGACAGCCAGUUGGGUCACCAACAAGGGAUGGACUGGUCAAGCUACCAACAGCCUAGUAAGCUGUUUGCUAAUCCUCCAUCAAGUGCCAGCCACCAGCCCCAGCGGCAUCAGGGGCCACAGCAGCAGCCCCAGAACAGUCACUCUGGAACAAAUAUACCAAGCUGGAAUGUCCCUGCAACAGACACCCCUUCUCCUCAGACCCACCAACCCCAUGGCUCUGGGAAUGGUGGUGGGAAUAGUAGUGGUGGGGAUGGUCAGGGCUUAUACACCCCAGAGAGUGCAGGAAGUAUCCUGGCUAGCUUUGGACUUUCAAAUGAGGAUCUCGAGGUGCUGAGUCACUACCCUGAUGAUCAGCUAACCCCAGACACCUUACCGUUCAUCCUCCGGGACAUCCAGAUCAACAAGUCAAACAACCAGAACAACUCAGCUUCCACCUCCUCGUUCUCUCAGGGUAUGUCGCACAGCAUUCCUGAUAUGCCGCCGCCUCCCUCUUGUGCUUCACCAUUAAGAAUGGGACGUUCACGCUCUCCAGAAGUACCCAGCCUUCUUAGCGUUACACAAACGGCGGGUAAAGUUAUUGACUAUGGUCACGCCAGUCGGACAAAGGACGACAGUAGUGGCAGAGAGACUUUCAAACGAGAGCCACUGUCUAGUGAAAGGACGGUUAAAAUGGUUUACUCCCCACCACCAUCCUCAUCAACUAAUAAACACAAAGUGGAAAUGUCUGAAAGGCGGCAGGUUCGCUUGGAACCUGCUGAAUCAAACAAGCAUGGAGACCUGGACUAUCGCAGGCCGAGCAGCGACAUUCACAAGACCAAACGUUCACCUGUCGGAGAAUUUCCACCAUCAUCGAAAUCUCGUUGUCCUGAUCGAGACUAUAGGCACGAUGGGCCAAAACUGAGGCCCUCGCCAAAAACCAGGAGUGAAUCUCCCUCAUUAUCCAGACACUCUUCAUCUGGCUCAAAACCACACAGCACCACCAAGAAGUUACCUACCCCCACCAUGAUAAGUGAUUUCUCAGCGGAGCCUCCAAAGGUGUACCCCCAUACCUGCUCCCUGUGCCACACACAGUGUGAUCAGGAAAAGGAUUGGAUCGACCAUGUUAACACGGUCAGCCACACUGCUGCCUGCAGAGACCUUCGCAACAAGUACCCUGACUGGAAACCAAAUCUACCAAGGAGGAGCGACCACAGUAGCAGCCGGGGCCCAUGGCACCCUAAGAGGCGCUCUCCAUCCCGCUCUGUCUCCCGGUCACUCUCUUGGUCUCCGAGUCCCAGCCCUCCCAGCAAAUAUAGGGUGCCCCACCAUGCACAGAGGCAUCCUGGGAGAUCUUACCCUCCUCACCACCACCCGCGCCGCCAACAUCAUACAGAACAUGGCCGUCGUUUGGAGCUCCACUCGUCUGGUCUGCACAGCCCCACCCACUCCCAUCGAGGCUCCUCAUCCUCCAGCACCCAUCGGCCUGAGAGGAGGGCCAGUGAGUCAUCAGAGAGUUCCUCCCGUAGCAGCCUGAAACGUCCACGUGACGGUUCCACCAAACGUCCUAUUAGCACCAGCCGCCAUCCAUCUUCAUCAGCAUCUAAGUUUGGUCAGCGGUCCAAAACUGGAACACUGCAAUUCUUGACUAAGGGUGUCACCAAGACUGGAACUAAAUCUGGAACCAAGAUCACGAAGACCGCAAACACCAAGGCUGCUGCAAGCAAGGACUCUGACACAUCCCUCAAACCUCCUUCAGCCAAGAAGAAGAAGAAAGUGGCAACUUCAUCGUCCCAGUCCUCUGCUGUUGCAGCUCGCCUCGUUUAUCUGACUGGUAUCCCACUAGAUGCUUCAGAGCAGGAAGUGAAUGACUUGGUGGCCUCCUUUGGCAAGAUCAACAAUGUGGUCCUCAUGCCAGGCUCAGAGGAUGAGGACGAGGCGGAGAAUGGCAAAGGACAGAAGGCAUCUGUGUGCAUGGUGAGGGCUGAGGAUGCACAGGCUCUGGCCCAGUGCACCAGUCUCAGCAUCAGAGACCAGCCAAUCACUGCCUCGGCAGCCAAGAAAACUGAAGCAGAGAAAUCAUUUGACAACAGAAGUGAUCCUAUCCAAGCAAAGGACAAUAGCGCAGAUGUUGAAGAGCCAGUGACCGAGUGUGAUCAGAAGACUUCUGAUGAGAAGGGUAUCGUCUUGAUCACAGGACUUCCCGAGAGUGGUUGGUCAGAGACUGACAUCAUUAACCUUGUCCAACCUUUUGGAACUGCAUCUGACAUUAUUGUGGCACCAGAAGUUGGAAAGGUGCUGUUGUCUGUGCCAGACGUGGAAACUGCUCAAGAGAUGGUGAAGGUCCACAGCUUCAUUCCAGCAAAGAUUCAAGACUCAGAGCUCAAGAUAAUCCACCUUAAACAGACCAUCAGCCUCAGUACACCAGUGGCACUCUACAAUCUUCUGAAGGGAUCAGUGGACCCAUUAGAGACUCCACUGCCAGUGAGCUGGAGCAGCCUGUUGGUGAUCAGUAAUGUUCCUGACACGCCAACUGGCCCCUCUGAGGUCCAGAAACUGGUCCGACGCUUUGGAAAUAUGCAAAAGUGCCUGGUGCUCAACAAAAACAUGAUCAUUUGUGAGAUGGCAACCGCUGCCGUAGCCCUGUCGGUGUACAAGCGCUUCCAGAAAUUCCCAUGCAUCAUCCAGAACAACCCUCUGUACUUCUCACGCAAAGCCGACCCCAAACUAAACACACAAAACAAGAUCAUCGUUGCCUACCUGGAUUCCUCCAAGGAUUCACCUUCCAAUGGCAAAGAGAGCCAGACAACAGCAGCUACAGACAAGGAGGAGUCCGAGCAUCAAGAGAUUGCCGAUUCUGCGCUGGAGAAGAACGAAAAAGAGAACGAUGAGAAGUAUGGUGAGAAGAUGGAAGGAGAUGAGACAAUCAGUGGUGAGAACGAAGUUGUGAGAGAAGAGCAAAGCAAAGACGGGGAUGACGAGGUGAAAAAAGAGCAGCCUGCCGGUGAGGUUUCAGAUCCCACUGCGGCAACAGACACCAAACCGGAAAUCACAAAUGAGAAACUCAGAAAUAACAAGACUCCCUCUGACAAAGAAGAAAUAAAGGCCUCUAGCUUUGAUGGGGCUGAGGCUGCCAACAGCGAGCUGCCCAAGGUUACCCAAGAGAUGGUUGAUGCGCUGCUGGAGGAGUGCCGAACGAGAACCGCCGACCCUCCCGGCCAAACAGCGACAUCCCCUCGCACCGAGCAGGAAGAAGCAAAAAUGGAAAUCGCUGAUGGAGAUGAGGGGGAGAGCGAGGGAACAGCACCGGAAAAAAAGGAGCUUGUGAAGAACAACAAAGAGGAGGAAAAGAGGAAGAAACAGGAGAGGGAGAGGAAAGAGAGGGAGGUGAAAAGGGAGAAAGAGGCGAGGGAAAGGGAGAGGAAGGAGAAAGAGAGGAGGGUGUGGGAGAGGAGGGAGGAGGAACGAAGGGAGUGGGAGAGGAGGGAGAGGGAGAGGAAAGAGAGGAGGAGAACAUACAGAGAAGGUUCGUCAGGCUCCAGGUCAUCUGGGAGGUCGGACGCAAACAGGCGGAGCUCCGGGAAGGAUGGACAGAUUACAGUGGCUGAGAAGGCCAAAAAGGAAAUGGAGGAAGAGGAGGAGGAGUUUGAUUUCCCGUUCGACAUGGGCGACUUUGUGACAGUAGAUGAAGUUGGAGAUGUUGCUGACCUCACCAGUUCUCCUCCUCCUUCUGUUCACAUGGACGCCACAGGGAAGGAGGAGGAGGAAGGCACCUCCACACCCGUCCAGCAGGACACUCCUGAGACACCACCCACAGCCGGGACAGCAGCAGAGGCCUCGGUGGAUGCCAUGCCUGCUCCAGACAAGGUGGACGCACCAGGUUCAGAGCCCGAACCGAAACCACAACCCGAGCCUGAAUCUGAAGCUCAACCUGCCACUGACUUGGAGAAUUCAGCCUCCAGUCCAGCCCUCACCUCUGCGGCGUCGCCUUCGGCAGCCCCGCAGACCGCUUCCCCCUCAAGCCAAGCAGUUACACCAGCACCUCCGCCGGAGCCAGAGAGUACACCUGAGACAGUGACCGCACCCACAGUCACGUUAGACUUCACCCCUGAGGUUGACUCCAUCCCAGUACCUGCCCCCAUCACUACAGCCAGCUCACCUAUAGCUGACCUGGUCCCAAGCAGCGAGGCUGCCUCCUCUGCAGAGAGCCCCUCAGCAGGAGCAGUGAAGGCAGAGGAGGGGAACGGGGAGGAGAACAAAACGUCCUCAGUCAACCACAGCCAGGCUGAGAUGGAGGAGAUGGCGGUGGCAGUGGUAUCGGAAAAAACAACGGAAGUGAAGAUGCAGGAUGAGGAGGAGGAGAAGAAGUUGCAGGACGAGGGGGGCAAAGACAAGGAGUUGCAGAGCGAGGACAAAGAGAAGAGCGUCCCUGUGGCUGGAACAGAGAAACAUGAGAGAUGUGAGGAUGAGAAAGACGAGGAGUGUGUGAAGAAGAAACUGAAGACAGAAUCUUCCUCUUGUGAGGCCUAUGCUCUCCCUCCUUUUGACCCCAACAACCCAGUUGGUAUGGAGUUCCUAGUCCCGAAGACAGGUUUCUUCUGUAAGGUGUGCAACCGGUUCUUCAGUGGAAGCCAGGAGGCCGAGAUCAGUCAUUGCAAAGGCCUCAAACACUAUGAGAACCUGCAGAAAUACUUGCAGAGCAGGAAGACGGCCAAACCGGUCUCCUGCUGAGCCUCGUUACGAGAUGCUGGUGGACUGAACGUAGUCAUUCCUUUUUGUUUAUAGAUGGUUUCCUCGUCGCUCCCCAAGGGUCCACUCGCAUAUUGGUGUAAAAGAAUUUCAACAUGGCUUGUUUCCUUUUUGUAAUGUGGUAUUGAUUUGUCAUGCAUAAGAAGAAAUGAAUAUUGUGUACAGCAAAAGGUUGACUGCCAGUGAAAGCUGCUCAGUUGUUUAAUAAAUUUAAUAAAAUUGUUUAAACAAUUUAUUAAAUUGAUUUACUAAAUUGUC